CUGCCAGCGGAGGCAGAAAUUUUCUUCAAUCGCCGCGAAGAUUUCACAGCGCUUGGGCGUGUUUUUUCCGUUUCUGCCACAGCAAAUCAGCAAAUCCCCACAUAUGCGGGCCCAAUUAAUUCAUAAAUAAUAUACCGACCGAACAGGAAGAACGCCGUCACGGUUCUGCUUUCAAUUAAGAAUAUUGAUUUAACAACUUUCGCGAUAAAUCAAACUCCACUUCAAAUUCGCAUCUCUCUCUGUACGCGAAUGUUUGUGAGUGUGUGUGUGUGUGGGCAGAAUUUGUAUUAGUGCGUGAGCAAAUUAUUGUAUAAUCGCCAAAAAAAAAGAAACAAUAAAAGCAGAACGCCAACGCGAAAAGCAAAAGCUAUACAAUUAGAAAAACUAGCUGAGCUGCGAUACAAGGCAAAACUAAAUUGUAUGACUAAAAUUUGUGCGUUGAAUUAAAAGAAAAGUACAAAUAUCGAAACAUUCAAAAACUGCCUGACCUACUGAGUUGAAUGAUUACCCCGAAGUAAUUAUAAAGUUAAGCAGCCACAAAGAAAACCAGUUGAGCCACUGGAAAUCGAGCACGAAACCAGCUGAUCCACUGAAAAACCCUCUGCACCCAGCACAACCAACCCAUCGAGCUGCUGAAUCCAUCGAUCGCCCAGUAGUACCACCAGUACAGCAUUCAUCAUGCAGGCCAUCAAGUGUGUGGUUGUGGGCGACGGAGCGGUGGGAAAGACCUGCCUGCUGAUCAGCUAUACGACCAACGCCUUCCCGGGCGAGUACAUACCCACUGUGUUCGACAACUACUCGGCGAAUGUGAUGGUUGAUGCCAAGCCCAUCAAUCUGGGCCUCUGGGAUACGGCUGGCCAGGAGGACUACGAUCGCCUGAGGCCGCUAUCCUAUCCGCAAACGGAUGUCUUUCUCAUCUGUUUCUCACUGGUGAAUCCGGCAUCGUUUGAGAACGUGCGGGCCAAAUGGUUUCCCGAGGUGCGUCAUCAUUGCCCAAGUGUGCCAAUAAUCCUGGUCGGCACCAAGCUGGAUCUGCGCGACGAUAAGCAGACGAUCGAGAAGCUGAAGGACAAGAAGCUGACACCGAUCACCUAUCCCCAGGGACUGGCGAUGGCCAAGGAAAUAGCUGCGGUCAAGUAUCUGGAGUGCUCGGCCCUGACCCAAAAGGGUCUGAAGACGGUCUUCGACGAGGCCAUACGAUCCGUGCUAUGUCCUGUCGUUCGAGGACCCAAGAGGCACAAGUGCGCCCUGCUCUAAGAACUUUGAACCCACCCAAAACAAAAAAGCGAAGAAGAACUCCAACAAAAACAAAAAAAAACGAGAAGAGAAGAAGAGAACAAAGCGCAAAAUUCUGUGCAAAAUAUUCAUAUUCGCUUUGUUGGGUCUUUAGUUACAGCAGAUAGUGUGUGAGUGUGUGUGCAAGUGUGAGUGCGUCUCUGGGUUGCGAGUGUGACGGCAUGAGUGUGUGAAUGAGUGAGCGUAGUUUUGUUUUUAUUGUCAGCUUUAUGUGGGGGAGCAGCAGCCACAAAAACAACGACAGCAAGGGGGCUCUACAAGGGGUGGGGGCGGGGCAAGGGGUCUCUAGGGGGGCAGAUCACAGAUAGAAAGAUAUACACAUGCAUAAGCAUAUAAGUAUGAUAUUGUGCGUACACGGUAAAAUAAAUGUGUAAGAACUUCAAAAACGUGGAAUAUUGGAUGUAAUAUUGCUCAAAUUUGAUAAAAUUUCUUACUGCCACAACAAGUUCAAUAUUGCUCUCGAUAACAUGUUAAAAUUUUUCUGUUCUGAGUUAUUGUUUCGUAGCAUUUUUAAUGACUAACUUGUUUUAGAAUUUAGAUUAAGUACAACUCAUGCGAAACACUUCUGUUUUUAUGACAUAAAAGAAUUAACAUUUUUAAAAUGAUUUCGACUAAUUAAAACAGAUUAUUAAAAUAAUGUUAAUUAAAAGAAAGAAAAUUUGAUUUUCGCAAGUAGUAGUCCAUAAAUGGCCCUAAAAAGCAAGUGCAUUAUAUUAUAUUAUAACUUUGCAAACGAAAUUUGGCCUGAGAAACGUAUGACAAAUCAAAUAAAAUUAAUUGUAAAUAAAUCUAGACGAUUUAAAGCCUUUAGCGCCCCAAACACAGUCACUAUAACCAGUACCAGAUAGCUGUUAUCUGGGUGGGGAAGAAAAACCCCAGGAAGGCCCCGCCUAUGGCCAAUAUCUGAACAAUCGGGGAAUGUGGGAAGCCGACAAAAAAAAAGAAACUUUCAUUUAUACAUAUAGUAUUUAGAGUUACGUGUGUGAGAAUGUGUGUGUCUGAUCAAUGGUCUUCCCGCUCAACGCAUUUGCCUGGACUUGAUUUAAUGUAUACUAAAUGCACAAUUAGCCUCUACUUUGAUGUUAAUUUAUAUUACUGAUAUUUAUGUUAAAUAAAUGCAUACAUUUUGCCAAUUUGUUUUUAACGAAAGAGAGCGGUAAAUUAAAAAAAAAAAAGAAACACAUUAUUUAUAUUAACACAUAAUUUAUCAAUAAAGAGUGUAAUAUUAAUCAACCAAAAUAAACGUUUGUACAAAACUAAA